AUGCCGUUGACGCGCGGACGCGCGCGCGCGGUCGCGCCGACGCGAUCGAUCGCUCGGCGUCGUUCGAACGCGCGCGGUCGAUGGGAGAAAAAUCAAUCGAUCGAUCGACGCGGUCGUGGGCGCGAUCGGGGCGUCGCGCGCGCGUGGGCGGUCGCGGAUGCGCUCGUGGCCAUCGCGGCGGAUGAUACGUCGCGCGACGCGCUGGCGUGCGCCUUCACGUGCGUCGCCGCGUACGCGUGGGUGAAGGCGUUCGACGUCGCCGCGGACGCCGGAACGUUCGCGUCGACGACGUCGAGGAAGCUCGUGCACGUGACGAGCGGCGUGGGGUUCGCGUGCGCGUGGCCGCUCUUCAGCGCGGCGGCGAGCGCGAAGGCGUUCGCGUGCGCGAUUCCGGUGAUUCAGGGCGCGCGGUUGUUCGGUAUAGGGAGUGGGAUUAUAAAAAACGAGAGCGCGGUGCGGGCGGUGAGUCGAGCGGGUGGGAAGGAGGAGUUGUUGAAGGGACCGCUGUAUUACACCGCGGCGCUGAGCGCGCUGACGAGCGGGUACUGGCGGACGAGUCCGAUUGGAAUCGUGGCGAUCGCGAUGAUGUGCGGGGGCGACGGGUUCGCGGACAUCGUCGGGAGGAGAUUCGGUGAGGGUAACGCGCUCCCUUGGAACGGGGAUAAGAGCUUCGCCGGGAGCGCUGGGUUCGUCGCGGGCGGGUUCGGAAUCGCGAGCGGAUUGCUCGCGUAUUUCCAACACUUUGGAUUCAUUGAAACCACUGGAUCGACGUACGCGGCGACGUUCGCGAUCUCGUGCGCGUGCGCGUUGGUGGAAUCGCUCCCGGUCUCAUCCGUCUUGGACGACAACUUCACCGUCGUCUUCACCGCCGUGGCGUUGGGAACGUUGUUAUUCUAG